GCAGCCCUGCGAAAACAAGUCCUGUGGUAGUUACAUGGUUAACCAGUCGGCACUUUCGUCUGCCCCGUUUUUGCUUUCUUCCGGGAUAUUAUUUCCCUGCUUUCAAUCACACGGCAGUGACAAAAAGUCCUGACAUUUACGACAAAAAAUUGGUUCCUUUCCAAUUACUACUUCGAUGAAGCAGGAUUGAAGGUCUCUGAUUGGAUACCUGGAUUCGAUUUCACUGAAAACACAUGACUGUGUUGAUUGGUUCUUGACGGUGAAGCAGGGCUGGCGGCUUCACAUUGGACAAUAUGACAGGAAGUCGCAUCGGUGGAGUGGGAUAGCUUCUGAUUCUAUCAAACUGGAAGAAUAUAUUAAAGGCCAUCGGCAUCACAUAUCGAGUUGCCGACAGAGUCCGAUGAUAUAAAGGCCUAUAUAUAUGUCUCAUAAACUCCUCUCCUGAUGGAAUACGUGGAAUCCUUGAGGAAUAUACUCUAUUCAGGAUGAACAUUACCAUUCUGACCUCUCUCAGAUUGGUACCAAUCGCGAAGAUCGCUCUUGCAAAAGCCUUGCUUGGUGUCCAUUGUUUCGUUUUGGCAGACAAACCUGUCACUUCGCCGUGUCACAUUUGAAAGGAAACGGCUUUUUCAGACCUAGAAUCAAUCAGAUACAUUGAUUCAUCACUGUACGUCUGCCUAAAUAUCUUAUUUGUAUGAUUGAAAGAGUAUCGACAGAGAGAUAUUCAAAGAAUUAAGUAGGCCUAGCGAUCCUCUUUUACAAAUCUAAUAGAAUAGCUAUUGAUAUAACGAAUUCAGAAUGGAUUUAUCAUUUGAUUCAUACCGUAAAAUGACACAGUUUUGACAGUAUGGACAAGGGUCUCUGGCAAGUUUAUUGUAAAGUUAGGGAAAGUUUACGCAGGGUAACAAACGAAUGAUUUCAAACAAUCCUUUAGACAAAUCUUGGCAGAACAAACAUUGUCAGACUUGAAGAAGCAUACUUUAUUGAGAGACAGUUUGUUGUCGACAACAGGUCGGAAGAUAUAUUCCUGACCAUUGGAAGGAAUGAGUGCGUGUGGAUAGGGAUUAGAAAUUUCAGAUUUAUUACCUUGUCAUCAUAUUAACCCGAAAUAAUGAUGGUUACUUACUACACCAUUGUCUGGCUACCAUUCUUUGGAUCGUAUGUGCUGCUGUAACGUGAAAUCGUAAGGAUAUCGCAACAAAUCAGGCGUUUUAUACCCAAGAGGGACAGAAAGGAAAGGUCCUUCCACACCUCUGGUGAUAUCACAUGACAGAAGCUGCCAUUUUUUCUCUGGGUAUUGCAUCCACGUUCGUCUCAAGUUCAGUUGGAUAAAGACUGAUAUCUGACCAGUUCCUUUGAGUUAGAUGCCGAAUGGAGUAGAAUAGAAAGCAUCAAGAAAUAAUACUCUAACGGAUUCCACUGCUUUCAAUAUGCCUUUCAAAUAAGGAAAACAAGAUGAAAGUCUCAUUUUAGAGGAAAAUGAGUAGUUUUUGAAUUGUCCGGUCCACGUAUUCUUGGAGAAGGAAGUUUUUAAUCUGUUUGUAAGACAACCAAAGCAGCAAGAUGGCUAUGAACUUUUUCAAGGCGAGGAUCAUCGGAGCCAUCGAGCAGUCAGCUGAGAAUGCUGGCAAGAGCUUUGGCGAGAUUGCGUUGAUGAGCAAAGAAGCUGUAAGAAAUGCUUCCAUCGUAGCGGAUGAUGGCACCGACCUGCUGGUUGUCAGCAGGCUCCUCUUCAACAGAUCACUCAAGAGUAAGCAAGAGGCGGAAUACAAGGAACGGAAGCAAUUCAUUGCGUGCUCCAGUCUCUUCGAUAAGUGGAUUCCAAAGUUCUCCCGCCUACUGGAGAUGAGUCUGCGAAAGGAGGUGUACCCGUAUGGCUGUAAUAUCGUCAAGCAGGGAGACCCCGUCAUUGGAUUACACUUCAUCAUCAAGGGACAGGCUAAAAUCAUUGUAGAUCCUACCUCGCAUAAGACACAAUUCCCCAAGCUGAUGCAGGAGAUGGAACGGUCAGAAGUGGACGAUCUUAGAAGUCAUUCUACCAAUAAGAAAGAAAACGAUGAGAUAGACCGCCACGAUCUGUUGGUGCGCCGUAUCCGAGUGCGCAGGCGCGAGGGGUACGCUGCAGCCGAGAAGAAGAUGGUGUACCGGAAGAUCGAUCUCUGCUUCGUCGAGGAAAUGGAAGUAAUCGGCGAUAUAGAAAUGGUGCUAAACCUUCCCACAUACAUGCAUACCAUCCAAUGUACUGCCAAUACAGAGGUGCUUAUACUCGAUAUGAAAAACUACGAGCGUUUGAUUACAAGAAAAAACCCACAGACAAUUCAGAUCAUGAAGGAGAAGGUUGUCGAAAAACUAUCGAACAGGUCGACGACUCCUCAAGGUUUACAAGUCCCGUUGAUUGGUCAUAUCGUACGGAAACUCAAACCAAAACAAAAAGUACAAGUAGACCCAGGAAAGAAUAGACAAGCGAAAAAACGUGAGGUUCUGAUGAAGCAGUUAGUGAAGCUGUUUCUGGAUGAUAAGGCGCCCAUGAUUGAACCAUGUGUCCCAAAUACAGUCUAUUAUAAAACAAAGGCGCAUGAGAAAGCACAAGUGAGGAAGAAUGUUGAGAAGCGGCAAGGGCGGAAUCUUGCUUCCGCGAACACGCGGGCGCGCUUGUACGGGAUGAACACCAAACGACCGCGGAGUAGGCGGGAAUUGGAGAAUUUGGCGUCGGCUUACCCAACAAACUUUGAUCAUAUGGAUCCCUACAGGAGGCAGAGUGCUAUCUAUGUUGAUGAAGACCAUGAGCUUGAUGAGCUUCUUGCCCGUGACAACAUCCGUACUGCUGUGAGCGACGAAGUUUUCAAGCUUACUCAACUCGACAGCGAUGACGAGGGUGAAAAGAUCUCCAAAGGUUCAUUGAUCAACAUCGUCUCGGAAAUGGACAGCUACCAGCGUGUCACCUCCGCUGUCAGGUCGAAGGUUGUGACGGCUGUGGCUGAACGCGAAAAUAAACAUAAGCAGUUUGAUUUGUUGCGGCCUCAGUCUGCUCCUGCAAUGAAAUUUGAAAGGAAGGAGGAGGUGGAGCAUGAGGCUGAGCAUGAAGAGGAGUUGUCGCUGGCUAGCGAGGGAGAGGAGUUUCAUGAGGGAGACGACAACUUCGAUUGGGAGACAAGCGAUGGCGGGUUACGGAACUUGGAAGACAAGGUGCGGAGGUUUGUGGAGCGACCGAGUGAGAAGGCAAUUGGGCACGGGGCCUCCAUACGGCCUAUGAGGAGGUUUGAGAUUAAGACUCAGGCAGACAUCCCAGUGCCAGGAGGCACCGUCUUCGUACGCCGGAAGGAAUGCCGCUUCGGGGCAACGAACACCGUGGGUGAACACCAACAUGUCCGCCAUUUUAUGCUUCCAAAAAACGCCUUCCAAGCCAUUCAGUUAGAAAAGGAACGCAUGAGACAUAAACAACAAUACGAGGAGGUGAUUCGUCAGACGCCACUUCCUCCGCGACCAAGGACAUCUUUGUCUUCCGCGAGGAGUUUAAGGACGGUCCCCAAUAAUAGAAAGGUUCGCCCGCAUUCAGCUUUCGUCAGUAGACAAACUGCUGAUGCUAUGGUCUGAUCCGCCACGGAUAUUUCGAUCUGUGAUAUCAUUGUUGCCAUCAGACACUUCACUUCUGAUAUGUAAUGUGUGGUGGUUUCCGUUACCGCUUCAGUACCCCGCCGAAAAUGCUUCGACCCCAGGUUGGCCUUCCAGAAGAUUGAAGUUUAUUGUACUAAGACCCAAUUUGUCAACAGACGAAAAACGACAAAGAGCCUUUGUAGCUUCUUUGAGAGGAAAAAAGACAUUUAGUGUUAACUUAUUUAUUUUCGCUUUAGAAGCUCCUAUAAAUAUUUUCUA